AUGUCUUACAAUCACAACGGAGGAGAUGACAUCUGUUGGUACAACAACCAGCAAGUCUCCCAUCCCAUCGCAAUUUCGACUAGCAAUGACGUAACUGAAGGGGUAAAAGCCACUGCGAGCACUGAAACGUCCUCCACGAAUCCGACCCCCACUAAGUUCCAAGCAGAGUGGCCCUAUGAUAACAGCCAACAAGUAGAAGGUCCAUCUCAAGGCUGGUACCCGAGCUCGGGUUUAUGCCAGAAUACUGCGGUCCUACCUCAAAUGCCACGAUCGCCUCACCAAUAUAGCUCAAAUGUAGACAACUUUGAUACACGGGUCAAUGGAGAACUUCCAAACAUGACAGGCCUUGAGAUUCAUCCUACUCCUGACGAGAUUCUCUACAAUCCGAGCCUCCAGAACGCUUUUGGAAGUGGUAAUUCCUCUAUCUCGCAACAGGAUACGCCAAUGGGCGAAUUCUUCGAGGAAUAUAACAUGGACUCCACCACUACUGGUUUCAGAACACCAGUCCCAUCAAGAUAUCAGAUAAAUAGCAUGGACUCCACCGGCACUGGUUUCAGAACACCAGUCCCAUCAAGAUAUCAGAUAAAUAGCAUGGACUCCACCACUACUGGCUCCAGAACACCAGUCCCAUCAAAUUAUCAAACAAAUAACAAUUUAUCUGUUGGCAGUGAUACUCCUGCAGGUUUACAAUCUUCAGUUCAGGUUGACAAUCCUCCCUUUGACACUCGCACUCAGUUUGCUAGCAGCACCCAAGAUGGUGAAGCUUCACAACAAGAGUCAUCGUCUCAAGGUGGAAAAUACCAAGCUGGAUUCUUCAAUGAAACAAUGACAGCUCAACUUAACCGUCCACUGAGCGCGCCACCUGCAGGUCAUUGGAUAUUUGAACAAGAACUUUCAUGCACCGGCACUGGUCUUGAUAUACCAUUACCUUUGAACCCUUUGUCUAGAGCGACGCCGAGAACUGUUCCUUUGGCAUAUUCUGGUAACUGGCAAUACGAUGGCUCAUCAAAAGGCCCGGCGAUUGACAGCGAUAUCCCGACCUUACAACCAUACGAUGACAUCCGAAACGAUCCCUCCGGUACAUUGGUUCAAGAUGCUGGAGCUCGUCAAGGAGCGCAACCUCGACAGCAAGUGACGCAGAAUGAUGGCCUAGGUCAAAAUACCUCUGCUAAUAUACCAGUGCCAUGUCAACAAAGUGAUAUAUCGAGCACACGAUCACCGAUAACUUCAGAUAGACGUAGACACAGCGAUCCAGUAUCUACCUCACUUCGUGAUGCCAGAGAGUCACAAAAACGAGUACGAGUUCCAAGCCAACUUUCGGAGCAAGCUGCACAGUAUGAGGCUCCUUCUAUCAAUACAUCACGAGCACCUCAACAGAGUGGUGCACUGAUCGAGGACGCACUAGGAGCUAUUGGUAGCCGCAGACUCGGCGACACUUCUCCCAUUCCAGCCCAAGAGCUCCAUGAUACCAAUCCAUCGCCUACUGGUUUCCGUACCGAGUCUUGGCGAAUGAGACAGAAACAAGCUGAAAGUCAGACUAAUCGUGUUGCACAGCAGCCAAGUGAGCGCCGUGUAACUGUCCCUGCAUUUGAUAGCAGUUACCCAGGUGGUGAGCCUCAUGUGACGUUCGUACAUCCCGAGCGUUCACACCAAAAUACUUUUCAGCAGCCAGUCAAGCAACGUAAAUCGGCAUCCUUUUCGAGCGGUAGUGCCAGAUUGAGAGAAAUUGCCAGACCUCCAAUGCAACCUCUUGCAUCUGCCCCGCCAGCUGUGACAACACAACAGCAGUUCACACGGAGAGACAGACAGCCGAGACAGCCGAGACAGCCCGACCGACAAUCUGCGCAAUCGGGUACUCCAUAUACACAGCAGAGCCCGCGUAUACGUCGGCGGAGAACACAUCGAGUCCAACUUGCUCCACAGCCAAGAAUCCCAAAAAACCGGUUUGAUCGCGAUCUUCCAAGUAGAUUGAACGCCAAAGCCGCUGCUUUUGCCAAUGUCGAACCAGCAGAAGAUUUCCUGAAAGCGCUCACCAAGAUGCCUUUUCUCGAUAAAGUGGCGUGCGUUGAUCGAUUGAUGCGCGAAGACAUCUUCAAAGAUUACAUGAAGCCACAUCUCUUCCAAGAGUACGAUACAGGUCGUAAUGACGGUUUAAAGUUUGAACUGGAAAGGCGUACCAAGGAUCCCAUGCUUGUUUUCAUUGAAACUGGAGAGAUAAAGGAUGAGCGUCGCAGUCUCGAAAAGAAGACCAAAUUUGAUGACAUGCAAAUCGAGAUCGAGCGUCGCAGGAGGGAACUUGCUGCUCGUACAGCUGCCGGUGGUAUGGCGACUGAUACUUCUGAAGAUAUUCGAAUGACACCCGCCGGCAGCAAGCGUAGGCAUCAAGCAAUAGCAUCGGCGCAGGAUUCUCACUAUGAGAUUGACGACGACGAUAUGAUUGAGUCCGACGAUGGCUCUGAUGACCAUUCAAUUAUCCAUCCUCGCAACUCACCAAAGAAGCCUCGAACUUCCGGGCCAACAUCUUCAGGACCAAAGCCUUCAGAUAUUACGGAUAAGUUCUGUUCGCAUGUUGUCGAGAAUGUUCCGUUCCUUCCUGAUCCCAUCCACAGUCAAUUGAGCAAACUCAGCAUUGAGCAACUCAUCAUCCCAGUCCGAGAGUAUAUCGCUCAGAAUAGUGAGAUCGCCGACACGAAUGUUGAGCACUGGCGUGCUUGUGCAGGACAGGCUGCUGGCACCGAAAUGGAACAAGAAAUGGCUUGCACACAUUGCGCUGACCACAUGGAAGAUGGUUAUGUACCCUUUGCAAGCUGUGUCGUUAUUGACGCCGCCAUUCCGGCUGGAGAGCAUUUCAAAGGCGCUUGCAUGAAUUGUGUCUUUCUUGGUAAGGAUCAAGAUUGCAGUCUUCGACGGGUCGAGAGUGAGGAAAAUGAUGCUCAAUGA